UAUUAGUGAGAUUUUCGUUAAACUUCUCAACUAUUAACUUAAGGCAAGGGCGGUCCUGCAUAUGUCACCGUGGCGUGCGGAAGGUCUCGAAUUACGAAUUGACGAUUGGUCAGACAUAUGUUUGCGACAAUAUGCUUCUUGUUGUCUUGCGAUGUGUUAGGCAAAAUACGUUUACUGAUAUUUUGCUGAGAGAAAGUUGAACAUAAUAUCUACGUUAAGAAUGUAUCACCUAGUUUAUUCCCUGGCAAUUCAUUUGUUUCUGCUGUGUACUCAAGGAGUUGACACUUCAGUUUGUAAUGAAAAACUUGUGGUUGGAAAUAAACCAAUCAGUAAUGACCAACUCUCAGCCUCUUCAUCGAAAGCGACAGUCCGUUAUGCAGCAAAGCAAGGAAAACUGGACCAUGGAUCAAAUGGCUGGUGUGCUGAUGACAUUGAAGAUGAUAAAAUUCCCUGGUUUCAAGUAGAUUUUAAUGACACAAAAACAAUUACGGCUGUUGAGCUAGCUGGGCCUCGUGGACAAAGGCAACAUGUUAACGAAUUCACGCUUAAGUACAGUUAUGAUGGUCAGCAAUGGUACAAUUAUGUUGAAUGGUACAAGAACAGAAAAGACGAAGUGGAGCUAAAAUGGGGUGCAGAAAGUGUUGAAAGAAGUAAAAAAAUCAAGCUUCCAUCUCCAAUAACAACACGUUUGAUAAGAAUCUACCCAAAUCCCAAUGGUGCUCGGUGCUUGAGAGUAGAGUUGUAUGGAUGCAAUCCAUAUACAGACUGUACAACUCCUGUGGGCAUGGAAGAUGGAAGAAUACUUGACGAGCAAAUCAACGCGUCCUCGCACAGAUAUAAUUUUUUUCCUGCGUUUGCCCGCUUAAAUAAUAAAAGAAAUAAAAAAGCACAAAACUGGGGUGCUUGGUGUGCUGAGGAGGAUGACCGAAAUAUAUAUUUAGAGGUUGAUCUACGCCGAAAGAGAAAUAUCUCGCAAGUGGCAACUCAGGGUUACGCGCAUAAACUGUUUACGAGAAGUUACAGACUAAACUACAGCACAGAUGGAAACACGUGGGAGCCUUGCCGUAAUAAACAAAAACUUGAAUUUGCCGGCAACACUGACAAUGACACUGUAAAGAUAAAAGCAUUGGAACCGAUGGUUAUCGCAAGAUAUAUACGUUUUAUCCCAACGGAUUGGAAUUUCAAGAAAACUAGCCCGUCGUCAUAUCCGUGCAUGAGGGCUGAAAUUUAUGAAUGUUUACCAGUGAAAGGCAGUGUCCCUGAAGUCGCAGACAAAAGUUUACAAAAGAAAAAUCACGAUGCCGAUAUAGGUGGAAACUCCGACUUGAAAUGUACAAUGACGGGUCAAUCUGGUAUCAUUUUAAGCUGGUACAAAGAGGGUGAAUUGGUUAAAGAGUCUAAAAAUAUAAAAAUAGAGAAACCAGAUGUUGGCAGCAAUCGCAAACGGUCGAUAUUAAAGUUGUAUAAUGUGUCAAUCGAUGACAAUGGCGUAAGAUACGAGUGUCGAGGAAUGUACCCUGGAGUUGCAUCGCUAUAUGCAUCAGAUACGUUUAUCCUUAGUGUCGGAGUUCGUGUUCCAUUGCUUGUGUAUCCCAAAACUGAGAAAUCUGUUGUUGCUGAAGUUCCUUAUCGCCUAGCGAAUAUAACUGAGAAAUACGUAUUUGAAUACCGCGCUGUGACCGUAUCUGAAUGGACAAGGCUUGAAUUAAAAACGAAAGUAAAAGGCAUUGAAUACAGCAUCACAGGUUUAAAGCCGUGGACAAAGUACGAAGUGAAGGUCACACCAGUGCAUCGAAAUGGAGAUAAAGAUCCAGACAAAACAAGCGAUAUAAAAAGUGUGACAACAUUGCAAGGAACUCCUGAUGCUCUAUUGAAUGUGCACGUCUAUGAAGUGAAAUCAUUGAACGCAACGUUAAAAUGGGAUAAACCAUCAAGAGAUCGCGUUCGGGGUGUCAUAAAAAAAUACGUUAUUGGGGUGUUCGAUAAGAGUGGUAAUCAAAUCGAUGACGGAGAAGUUUCUGUUCCUGAUGGCACUAGCUUUGUGAUUCAUAAUCUUCUUCCUGAUACGAACUAUACUGCCAAAGUAGCAGUUGAAAAUGGAAGACGACAAAGUCCUUCUAUAAGCGUUUCGUUUACUACACGUGCAGAAAUCCCUGAGCCUACUACCGCAGUUCCUAAACCACCAGUAGGGACCAAUUUAGAAACCUUGAACAAGAUGAAAAUUGACGAUGACAAUGCAGAGAGUGUUGCAAUAGAUGUCAAGAAUUUAACCUCGAAACCUGAUGAACUCAAUCCGAGGAAUGUUUCUAUUACAGCAGAAAUCUUGAAGAAAAUCGUUGACACAAACACCAACAAUGUCAAGGUUGGGGACAGCAUCUUGAAGACACUAAGUAACAUUCUAGAUGUAGAUGUUGAAGUCUUAGACAAAAGUAAUUCAUCGACAAGGUUUAUAAGGAUCUUGGAAAAUUUUGUGGAGAAGGGAGGCGAAUUUUCCAAAAACACGUCCAACAUUAAAAUUCGUAUUUUGACGGAUUUGGAUGUACGGAGUGGAAUCGUACAACAAAAGAAUAAUGGCACGAAGAUUAUUAUCCCUAAGGAAGUCUUGAACCUGGCAAAAAACAAAACAAUGUAUUUUAUAUACUACAAGAAUGGCAACUUGUUCAAAAGAAGACGGUUUCUUAAAGAGACCUGCGUGGAUGGUUUCACUGAAAAUAUUUACGAGGAGAGUACGCCGGUUAUAUCAAGUGGUAUACCAGGCACUUCUGUAAAGAAUUUAACUGAGAAAGUUAUAAUAAAGUUUCAUGUGGCGGACCCGAAGGCUGUUACGGAAUCAUCGUCCUGCGUUUUCUGGGACUUCGAUGCAGCAGGAGGGACAGGUAAUUGGUCGAGGAAAGGUUGCACUCGGCAGAAGACGUAUAACAAUACUAUUGAAUGUGCCUGUGAUCAUAUGACCAACUUUGCUGCUUUGAUGGAUGUUCACGCGGCCACCUCCAAAGUUUGCGGUCCUCACGCAGAUGUCUUCCAAAUUGUUAGUUAUGUUGGAUGUAGUUUGUCUAUUCUUGGUUUGUUGCUUACAAUAUUCACGUAUAUGUUUUUCAGGAGACUUCGUAAAGAACUGGCUGCAAAGAUACUGAUUCAGCUUUGUAUUGCAUUACUUUGCGUCCUGGUGGUUUUUGUUGUCGGUUUUGAACGUUCUCUUGUUGAUCCUCUUGGCUGUUACAUCGUCGCAGUCCUGUUGCAUUACUUCAUCUUAGCCGCAUUCAUGUGGAUGUUAAUCGAAGCACAUUUCAUGUAUUUGGCUUUUGUCAAAGUCUGGUCACAACAUGGCGACCAUGAAUUACUAAAAUGCUCGUUCAUCGCUUGGGGUCUUCCUGCGAUUAUUGUUGGAAUAACGAUGGCAGUCGAUUUGGAUAAUUAUGGCGGUGGCCAUUACUGUCGUAUUAACAGGAUGGCUUUCUUUGUUGCUUUUCUUGCGCCAGUCAUGUGUGUCGUCUUUGUUAAUCUGGUUGUGUUUGGUAUCAUAAUGUACAAGUUGAAUUCUCGUCCUGACAGUUCACUUGGUAGGGAUCGAAGCGCGAUGAUACAACGUUUAAAACAAGCGGUUGGUAUAAUGAUAUUGGUUGGUGUGACAUGGAUCUUUGGUGCUCUGGCAAUCAGAAGUGUUCGUCUUACAUUCCAGUAUAUCUUCAUCUUCUUUAACUCAAUACAAGGACUUUGUAUCUUUAUGUUUUAUUGUCUAAGUCAAAAAAACGUGCGCGAUUCUUGGAAGGCGUUAUUGACUUGUCAGCUAAGCAAUCUACACAAAGAUAAGUCUUUUCAUACGAAUACUUACGACAGACGACGAUGCUCUACGGCGAGUACAACUCACAAUAAUACAUUGAGUCUAGCAAGAAAGAAGACUUCCACCUCAUCCGGAAACAUGGCUUACCCUACGCACUCCAUGGACACUCUGACUCGUGAAUUCGCCUCGUACAACUGUUCAAGUGGAACCUUGCCCGGCAGUAAGGAAACAAACAAACCUAUUCACCUCAACAACUUCAAACCGAAGGAUUGUAACUUACAAAACGGCUCGAACAGCAACAACGAUAUCUGGAAACGAUUCUCGAGCAACGGAAUUACAAACGAUGAGCAAACACCGAACUCAGUCCUAACUGAUACCUCGUUAACUCGUUCCCAUUCCUGUGAAACUUUAUGCUCGAACGACAGUGAUGAAAACUAUCAUUCCUAUGACUUGGUCGCAAGUUCUGAAGGAUCUUUCGUGAGUCUCGACUCCUUGGCUGAGAGUCAGGCGUCAGAUAACCGCGGGUUUUAUAGCUUCGUUAAUUCGAAGGACAGUUGUGAUAACUCAAUGAAAGGCGAUUCAGCUCCGAAUACACCACGAGAAAUGAAACGACCUAUUCCAACUCCACUUACUAAGAAAAAUCGAUUGACAGUUCCAAUCCCUACUAAGAGAAUGAACCAGUUACAGCCCCCGACAGUUAAUGAUCCUUUGUCUAUUCCCGAUGAUUUCGGCAAAUUAAUAGUUAAUCCCUCCCGUGGUUCAGUGCGAGGUGUUCGUGGUGUAGUCGAGACCUCGGUGGACACAUACGACGAAGAUUCGAAUGCAGCUACGACACCCCAGGGUGUUCGGCUCACUGAAGUAUUGAACAAUGAUCAACAAGAUAAAUUUGGCUCGAAUGAUUGUAUCGCUUCACCCAUGUAUUUCGCACAAAAUAAUCGGAAAUCAAAAGAGAGAAAUUCGUCGACAAAUGAAAACUCCAUCGGGGACAUUUGUCUGUAGGUGCUUGAAGGUGAAGUAUAGGCAGGAGUGAGUCGCACUUCUGACGAUGGAAUCCUUUUUGGAUGUGUUGUAAAUUUGUUCCACCCCAUUUGGGACUUAUCUCAUUAUGAGAUGCAUGACGGAGAAGCAAGUUGCUGAUAUGAUUUUAGUCAAUUCAAACGCUGGUCAACAUUUUCCCGAAGAUCUGACAUCAAGCACUAUUCACAGAAACUGACUUGCAAGCUUAGAGUUAUUUAAAUGAGUGUGUGUAUAUAUAUAUAAAGCAUGAGUGAUCGAUGUUUGGCGUAUUCCAUGUUUAUAUUUUACUUGUAUGCAUGAAAAGCUUUUAGGGGAAUUGUUUUCUGCUGGUCAGAAAAUACUUUCAAAUUUGUUCGAAUAAAGUACUAAGGAAGCAUUUUACAUAUAGAUUAACAAUAUAGAUGUAAUGUAAAUGAUACUAUAUUUUGGAAUUCCUCGUAUUUUUUUAUAAAAAUGUAUCUUAAAAAUUAAAGGUGUAAA